CUGGUCCCAUGCUGAUAGGUCUUCACACAUUUUAGUUCUGGCUACAAGCCUAUCUUAACCAGGGGUAUAGGAUUUGGGGAUAAGAGUGAGGUUUGGCUGUAUCACUUGCAUCUCUAGUCAUAAACAGCAGAGAGGCACGGCUCACGUGUAAUGCAGCAUCAGGGGGAGGAAUUGCUUAUGUAACUGGGACAGCAGAUUUAGUGGAAGGAGAGAGGAGGCAGAGGCUGGGGAUGGGAGCAGUAAGCUGUCGGCAGGGGCAACACACCGGGGUGGCUGCUCCUCAUAAGCAGGGUCACAACAUUCGGGGUGCCUGGGUUCAAGGCUGGAAGAGCCUCUGGUCAGGUGUGGGGGCCAGCAGGUCAGGUCUGGAAGAGCUAUGGGGACUACGGGGGCAUCAGUGCCUGCACCAGGAGCCCGUGGAGCCAGCCCCACGGCUAGUAGAGAAGCCUCUGUCUGAGUGGCCAGUGCCUCAGUUCAUCAACCUCUUUCUACCGGAGUUUCCCCUUAGGCCCCUUAGGGGGCAUCAGCAGCUGAAGAUUUUAGGCCUUGUGGCUAAAGGGUCCUUCGGAACUGUCCUCAAGGUACUAGAUUGUGGCCAGAAAGCAGUAUUUGCAGUGAAGGUGGUGCCCAAGGUGAAGGUCCUACAGAGGGACAUCCUGAGGCAGUGCAAAGAAGAGGUUAGCAUCCAGCGACAGAUCAACCAUCCUUUUGUACAUGGUUUGGGGGACAGCUGGCAGGGAAAACGGCACCUCUUCAUUAUGUGCAGCUACUGCAGCACAGAUCUGUACUCCCUGUGGUCUGCUGUUGGCUGCUUUGCUGAGGCUUCCAUCCGCCUUUUUGCUGCUGAGCUGGUCCUGGUACUGUGCUAUCUCCAUGACUUGGGCAUCAUCCAUCGAGAUGUGAAGAUGGAGAAUAUCCUUCUGGAUGAACGAGGCCAUCUGAAACUGACAGACUUUGGUUUGUCCCGCCAUCUGCCCCAGGGAUCUCAAGCCUAUACUAUCUGUGGCACUCUUCAAUACAUGGCCCCAGAGGUCCUGAGUGGAGGGCCUUACAACCAUGCUGCUGAUUGGUGGUCCCUAGGUGUUUUGCUUUUCUCUCUGGCAACUGGAAAGUUCCCAGUGACUGCAGAAAGAGAUCACGUGGCCAUGUUGGCAAGUGUGACCCACUAUGACUCUGAGAUCCCAGCUUCUCUUAACCAGGGGCUCUCACGUCUGCUCCAUGAGCUCUUAUGCCAGAAUCCCCUCCACCGUCUGCGUUACUUGCAUCACUUCCAGGUCCACCCUUUCUUCCGGGGUGUGGCCUUUGACCCAGAGCUCCUACAGAAGCAGCCAGUUAACUUUGUCAUGGAGACACAAGCUACCCAGCCCAGCCCAUCGGAGUCCAUGCUCUUCAAGGACUUUGACUGUAACCUGGAGUCCUACCUGGUCCACCCCAGCCUUGCUUGAGCCCCUCUACUGUAUUUUGGGGCCCAUCUGGGAAACUGAGGAUCUUCUCCACUGCUAACUGAGUAUGACCACCUUAAUGAUUCAGUUUAUUUUUACUUUGUAGCCUCUUACCAUUCUGUUCUUCUAGACGUUGUACCAGAGUUCAAAUCUUGGGCAUUCUGCUACUGGCAGCCAAAACUGGCCCUAGCCCCUCUCCCAUCGCACAACUCACCUCUCAAUUCAACAUCUCAGAUAAGAGUGUUGACCUUUGCUUCAUUUAUCCAGUGCUCAUACCCUGAAGCUUUCAGCCAGAGGCUUAUUCCACUUUUCCCUUGUUUCUCUGCCAUGUUUUCUCUCUUGAGCAAUAACAACACUUCAUGGGUUCCCAAUGUGCUAUUUAUGUGUUUAAUAGACUUGUCAGAAGCAGUAUGAAUGUUUUUCAAAGGUCUCAAAAGCUGGCAUUUCAACCCCUAAAUGUGUAGCUUAAAAUAUAAGAUCUGGGGGCUCAAAGCCAGUUUGUAAUAAAUCUAAUUUUUAAAAAUUUAAAAAGUGAAUCUAAUAACCUGAUAUGAGGAAGAGAAUAGGAACUGAAACAUGGGUGGGUUAAAUGUCUUCUCUAGGGGUAACUGGAAUAGCUGUCCAGUUUUUUCCCCAAACAAAACCUCUUCGAAAGACAUAAGGAUUCUGAAACUGGUCAUGUCCCUAGACAGCCCAGGAUUCAGUUUCUGAUGGGCAAACCAAGGGAUUAAGAGGCAUGACAUCAACUUUAAGAUUUAAGGUUAGAGAUGUAUCCCAAGAACCCUUUUUUUAGUAAGGGAAAUCAUCUGGACCUUAAAUUUGUAUACAUUUCUGGAUUUUAUGACUUCUUUCAUUUUUCUUAAACUAACUUCUCAAAAGCUUCAGUUUUAUUAUUCUUCAGUUAUAUGUGAUCUCUCUUUCCAGACCAAAGAGAGUCUGGAAAGUACUUGGUGUACUUCUAUUUAUUAAUUCUGUCCCUGGAUUAAAUCAGAUUUUCCCUAUACAUAGCUGGCAUUUUAUUGACACAGUUGCUUUUUCUGGAUUGUACUUUGGCAAUCCAUAUGAAAAUCCCUGUGAAACUUAAUUGCUGUGGAUAUGUAAAUGGUAUUUAUCAUUACAAUUCAUAAUAUUCUAUUUAAGGAUGCAUGGGUGAAAUUUUUCUCUGAACACAGUUGUGCUUUUCCUAAAUUGCUGUUUGGUUUUUACCUUGGGAAGACACUAAAUAUUCAACUGAGUGUAUUUUUCUCUUUACAUUGAUGCUAGACCACUUAGGGCUCAAUUUAUGACCCACUUCCAGCAAGUGUUUAGGACUUCAUGUUAUAUAUUUUGUGUGCUAGCCAUGUUCUUGGUUCCAAUCUUCCUUUAUUUUCAUUUUUCUGUUUUAAUCUUUUUUAUCUUACUAUACUAUCUGCAUCUUUGGAAGCCUUUUUGGACUGAGAUUGAGAUAUAGAUAAAUAAAAGAAUGUAUCCUUAA